CUCUCUCUCACAUCAUUUUCUUCAGGAAAGAAAAAUGCGAGUUGUUUGUCCCUCUGUUCCUCCACUCUUAUCUCAUCUUUGAAAGACGACUAAAGUGGAACUUAAUUUAUUUUCUCGCCUGUAUGUUAUUUUCUUCUUCAAAUUUCUAGAACCCACAUCGCUUCCUUUGGAUUGGUCUCUUGUGCCUUUAUAAAGUCACAUACCCGGAUGAACAACAAAGACUCGUAUCACUUCAUUCUUUUGGGGGAAGCUAAGGAAUUUGGAGUAGUUAUGGUCUUUGUUCUGGGUUUGUUUCAUACUGAUUCUCAGACCAACCAUGGAAGCUGGUAGAGGCAAAGCUAGAACCAACACUGUUCUCUCUCGCUUCUUUCUCUCUGGGUUCUAUUGCUGGGGUUGGGAGUUCCUCACUGCUCUCCUCCUCUUCAGUUGCUAGCUCUUUUCUCUUCAGUCCUUUCUAAUCUAGACUAGCUAUAUCUAACCCAGUUAUAAAUAUUCAGUUCUCCAAACCCUAAAUCCGGGGUGUUAACAGUUCUUAGAAUCUAGGAGUAUAUACAGAUAAUCAAAAUGGCGCAAAGGUCAGUUCCGGCGCCGUUUCUGAUGAAGACGUACCAGUUGGUGGAUGAUCCGGCCUGUGACGACGUGAUCUCUUGGAAUGAAAGUGGGACGGCGUUUGUGGUCUGGAAGACGGUGGAUUUCGCCCGGGAUAUGUUGCCUAAUUAUUUUAAGCACAACAACUUCUCAAGCUUCGUUCGCCAGCUUAACACCUAUGGCUUUCGAAAGACCGUGCCGGACAAAUGGGAGUUCGCGAACGACAACUUCCGACGUGGCGAGAAGGAGCUGCUCUCCGAGAUACGCCGCCGCAAAGCUGUGGCUUCAUCUCCGGCUCAAGCCAACGCCGCGGAAAAAUCCGGCGGAGACACCGCUUCCGACUCCGGAGAGGACCUGGGGUCAACUUCCACGUCGUCCCCGGACUCAAAGAAUCCGGGGACGGUGGAGACGGCGGCGGGACAUGCGUCAGAUUUAUUGGGCGAGAAUGAGAAGCUGAAGAAAGACAACGAGACGCUGAGCUCGGAGCUUGCACAAACAAAGAAGCAGUGUGAUGAGCUGGUGGCGUUUCUGAUGGAGUACAUGAAGGUCGGGCCAGAUCAGAUCAGUAAGAUCAUGCGGCAAGGAAGCUUUGGGUCCAGCUGCGAUGGUGGUGACGAUCAUGAGCGUGGUACCGGUGAAAAUGAUAAUGACGAUAAAGUUGUGGCGGGAGAAGAAGAGGGUUUGAAACUGUUUGGGGUUUGGGUGAAGGGAAAAAAUAACGAGGAGAAGAAAAAACGGCGGGAGGAGAAGUCGGGUGGUGGUGGGGGACAGCAAGCAAAGAAGAUGAAGAUGGCGGAGUUCCACGCGCCACCACUGAGGAAGAGCGGGAAGGUGUGCAACUAAGAAGCUAGGGUCGACGCGUAAGGUAACUUGGUAAGGCCUAUGGAUCGGCUCGUAGAUAUUGAAGACGUACAUUAUGGAAUUAUCAAUCCUAUAGUUCCAUGGAAAGCAAUAGAGUUUUACUUUGUUUAGAUGGGUUUGUUAUGUAGUUAAAUAAUAAGGAUGGUGAAUUGGUUUGUGAAGCUUCUUGUACAAUUGAAGAUAAAAGACGUAUGAUAGGGAGAUGGAGACUAAAUGGUCUCUGCCUACUUGUAUAAAGGAAGAGUAGGUUUUGUAAUUAUUGAAUGUUUGGGAAAAACUUGCCUAAAUAUAUUCUACAUUUUGUGAAA